AUGACGCGGACAACAAGUCUCGACACACAACCGCCCGCCCCAAAACAGCUUAGCGCCAACACACCGGAGGUCUCCACCGGCACCUGCGAUCCUCGACAUCAUCCAACGACAUCAACGGCUUCAUUCCCCCCCCUCUCAAAGGCAGCCUGGACAGGCAAUCUGAAAGUUCCAUCACUCUUUUAUCCCGGGUAUCACCAUCAACCACCCGAGCCGCGCCAGCCAGCCACUCCCAACUCUCCCUCCCUCCUCCUCUCGACCCCCGAAAGGUGCCCCAAUCAUACCAGAUCAUACAAGAUGAAGCCCGUCGUCUCAGCCCUAAACGCAUGGUCCUGCGUGGUCAUCUCCGUCUUCGCCAUCGUUAUCCUCUCCGUUUUGGGUUCGCUAUACAAGAGCGAACACCCCGGUUUCACUGGCUCCGAAGGUGAACCUGAAGAUGGCGCCGCGGUCGCAGCUUCGAUUUUCACCGCUGUGUUGGUUUAUAUUAGAGAGAGAGAGAGAAAGAAUGGAUAUGCUGACCGAUCGAUGGCUGGUGUAGGCUUUCUUCGUGUUCUGCGCUUUCCAGGCUUACUUGCACAUGAGGGCCCGGAGGGGCGGGGCUAUAUCGUUGAGUUAAAGGGUUAUCCUACAUUGCUUUGCGAUUUUUGAGAUUUGAUUGGGUGAGGUGGAUUACUGGCUUUAUCUUGCUGGAGUAGGAAGAAGCAUAUCGAUGCAGAUGCGGAUAGAUCAUCGAGAGAUGUACAACUUAUCCCACCGGCGGGCAUACUUCCCCUGGAUGUAAGAGAAAGAGAAAGGAAAGGAAAGGAAAACAAUGACGAUAUUGUCUGCGUGUGCUGUGCUACGUAUGACAAUCUGAUCGUGGGAGGCUCACUCCAUCCUCGCUUGCUUAAUAUAAAGCCGGAAUGGCAUUGGAUUGAUUAUUGAUAGCUUCUUCAGUUGCGAUGUGAUGUGAUGGAUGUUUGGAUUGAUUGAUUUUUUUUUGCGCCGUUCUCUUUUCUGGUGUAUUUUGCGGGUUGUAUAUGUAUAUAGUCUUUGUUCGAAUAGAACUUGUGUGUCCGCAGUUAUGUUCAAUCCAUCAUCAUCAUCAUCAUCAUCAUCAUCAUCAUCAUCAUCAUCAUCAUCAUCAUCAUCCA